AUGCUCGAGGCAAUACAAACAGGACUAAAAGUCGAAUUCAAAUCCUCCUACUGCGAUUUGGUCACCGAGACCGACAGGGCAAUAGAAAACAAAAUAAAAACCCUCAUCUACCAAAACCAAAAGUUCAAAGACCACAGGUCCCUCUCAGUUCCUAUUUUAGAUUUAUUGGCGAAGAGACCAUCGCCCAAUGUGGGGGACUCGGAGACGAAUUCACGUGGAUUGUCGACCCGAUUGACGGAACCUCCAACUUGUUCACAAUUUUCCCAAUUUUUGUGUCUCGAUUGCAGUGACAUUCCAGAAGAAGGUGAGUUCUGGACUAACGGAUCAGCCUGUCGUGGGGUCGUCUUCAAUCCGUCCACCAAAGAAAUGUUUUCUGCCAUCACCGGUCGGGGAGCCUUCAAAAAUGGCCAACAAAUGCGAGUCUCAUCAGUUUCUGGUAACAAAUGA